UGCAUUUCGACUGAGCUGACGGCACAAGACCGCAGAGACAGGUUGUAUCCGCAUCUUUGUCGAUGAUAUAGCCGCGAUGGAGUUCUCAUGCAGCGUCGCGUCUCCAGAAAAUGCGCGCCAAGCCGAGUCGGCGUCUGUGGACAUUGCUUACCGUGAAUUUUCGGCUACACAACAAAGUCCGCUCAACUCACCUCUCGUGCUUAAGACUACAGCUUCUCGUGCUGACUACAUGAGGCUUCUGUCCAAUUCGGAGCAACAUGGCGGUCCUCACCACGAAGGUGAGCGCACCUGAGCUGCAGAAGAGCAAGGAUGUAAAGAGCACGCCAAUACACUAUCCCUUCUGGUUUGGUGGGAGCGCAAGUUGUUUUGCGACUCUGUUUACGCAUCCUUUGGAUCUUGUUAAGGUCAGACUGCAAACACAAGCAGCUUCUGGGGUACGGCUGAACAUGCUACAAAUGUUCGGCCAUGUCGCCAAGACUGACGGGAUCAUGGGACUGUAUCGCGGUCUGUCUGCUGCGCAGCUGCGCCAAUUGACCUACAGUAUGACCCGUUUUGGCGUCUACGAAUCGAUUAAAGACCGCGUCACGACCGCCGAAAAGAAACCGUCGUUCCUCGUCCUCGUUGGCAUGGCAUCGGUGUCGGGCUUCCUCGGAGGUGUAGUCGGAAACCCUGGCGACAUACUCAAUGUGCGCAUGCAGCAUGAUGCGUCACUACCAGCAGAGAAGCGACGAAGAUACAAGCACGCGCUGGACGGCGCCAUCCGCAUGGUACGCGAAGAGGGCGUAGCAAGUCUGUGGAAGGGCGUGUGGGCGAACUCGUCGCGAGCGGCAUUGAUGACCGUGGGGCAAUUGGCAACAUACGAUGGGUUUAAACGCGCACUGCUGGACUACACACCGCUCAAGGACAAUCUCACGACUCAUUUCACGGCCUCCACCCUUGCGGGUUUUGUGGCCACGGUCAUAUGCUCGCCCGUCGACGUUAUCAAAACACGAGUCAUGAGCUCCAGCGAAAGCCUUGGGGUUGUCAAGCUCGUCACAGAUAUCACAAGAUCAGAGGGCUUGGGCUGGAUGUUCAAGGGCUUUGUGCCGAGUUUCAUCCGCUUGGGACCUCAAACGAUCCUCAUUUUUGUCUUCUUAGAACAGCACAAGAAGAUAUACCGACAGCUUCAAGGCUGAGAAAGGACUCUUAUAAAUAUUGAACAAAUCUAAAUCUCGUGUCCACUAUCAAAGCAUAUUCUGAUAUCGUAUCCGGCGUCGUGGAUAUAGUGUGUACACAUAUGGCGUGUUUAGAAACGCUACUACAAGCUUUUGUACUUAAACCUGGAAGCGUUGAUCAUAAGAAACACUCCUCUGGAUCUAUAUCGCAAAACCCCAGUGCUCAGUUCCAAAGUCUGUUUGCCAGCGCUAUGCGGGUCAUUCCAUGAUUAACGAACUAGCCCAUGGCACGAUCAGGUCCUCCUCGAACCAAGCCUCGUGUCAUAACGAGAACGAGGUAUGAGACAUCUGAGAGCAUGGAGAAAGUGACGAGAGUCGAGCUUGGGAGCGGCUAGAAGCUGUGAAGGAUGGAGAAGGUGAAUUUCUGGAAAGCAAAAUCAAGUAGGCAAACACGAGUACGAUGAGGCGGUCAAGAAGGAAAGGAGAACAAAGGCGCGAUAGUAG